AUGGAAGAUUCUCAAGUGACACUCCGGGGAGACGAGGUGCUCAUUUCGGUGUCCCGCAACGAAACUGGAGGCAAGUGGCAGCCACUGCACCGCACUUCUGUCAUGUAUCAAUCAAUACCCCUUACGCAACGACAGGCUCUCUCACCCCACCCUCCUUGGUCCCAGAACCACGGUUCGACCAUCGGCGCAACUGAUCGAGAAACGGAGAUUGGCGGAUUCGGCGUAGACUCGGCCGCGCCGUCGUGGUCGGCCGCGCAGUGGGGAGGCACAGAGGAAAUUGUGGACAAGAGCGUUAAUAGCUACGAGCUACCGGAAGUCAAGCUCUUUCGUAUCGGUACCGAUACACACCUGAGGCAAUAUGUCGAAAAAGCCGACAUCAAACAUACCCAAGACAAUGACGGUCAACUGCCCAGAAUGACUACCAGACAAACCACCACUGCAGCUACGACCGCUGUGCCAUCCGAAGACAUCCCGAGUCGAAUGGCCCACCUCGAAGCACAGAUACAGGAGGUCAAGGAUCUACUAGUCAUCCUUACGGCAGCCCAGACUAGAAUCCCGUCCACAGUGCCGGUGGACGCCACCAUACCCACAGUCGAAGCUACGGAGCAAUGA